AUGACUUGGCUUGUAAGGGACUGGGGUUCAUGUUUCAAAGCUUGCAUGUUGCCUAUAGAUGAUCAUGAACUGGCUUCAUCCCAUCGUGUGCCAGAGAGAAACAUAUCAUUUACCAGGGAAAAAAAGAAGAGAUUUAAGAGUAUCUAUAACAACAAAAUGCCAAAGCCAAGCAAAAAAUGCAACAACAAGAGACAGCUAAACAAUCCAAUGACAAAGAAUAAAGAUGGGGUUCCUGUUGGAAACAGACAUGAUGAUCCAAGUUUGUCUCUCUCAACAGAUGAAGAUUACAUAGUGUUCUGCGUUGGAGAGAAUGAUGCAUUUGAUGUAGUGAAAGAUGACAAACAUGUCAUGUCUGAGGCUCGGAUCAGAGAUCCCAAUGCUAUGCAUAAAAAUUCAAGUCCUGUGAAUCGUAAGCUGAAAUAUUGUGAGGAUGUAGAACAAGUUAGUGACUUGAACAUAAAUGAGAAAAGACCAAAUGCAAAUCAGCAGGAUACUGAUCAAGACGAUCAAUAUUAUAUAAUCCAUUUAGAAGAGGACAAGAAAGAAGAAAUGGUAUACAAUGGUUCACAGCAACAUGCAGACAGCAUUAGAAGGGAAUGCCAUAUUGUGGAAAUUGAAGAACUUGAGAUGGUAUCUGCUGAAGAAUCAAGGAACUCUGACCAAUCUGAAGACAGUAGUAAUACUGGCUCUUUUACAUUCCCUGUGUUAGGUUGGGAAAGGAUUGGAAGCCCUGAAAGAAUGCCAAAGUCAGAAGGUUUGCACCUAAAGAAGCAGAGGGGCCUAUGUGAUAGAUUUCAGUGUUGUAGAUUCUGA